AUGCAUAGAUGUGGGUCACUUCUUCACAGAAUUGAAAAGGUUGGCCGUGCCGCGUGGGUCCAUGGGGCUUCUCUCGCGAAGGAGACCAGGCAUGAGGGGGACAGUUUCUCUGAGGUUGACACAACGGCGUUGUGCUUCCCAUUUUCCUCUUCUUCUGUUUCGUCACGCUUAAUGACGACAGAAGAGGCGUUGCGACGGAUCUCGUCUUUUUAUCGUCCUGACACGUAUGCCUACAGUCUUUUGAGCACACACUUACUCUUUCACGAGGCACGUGAUCGCGGGUUUCUGGAGCUCAACGUGGACGCCCGCGGGUUCUUUGUGCACCCCGCGACACUCAUUCGCCACCCAGAAAUGUUUUCGCAUUUUUUUGGAGUCGAAAGGUCUCCCUUCUUUUCUGAGAUGCUUCAACAACUUCUUGCCACCCACGAUGCGGAGAAAUCCCCCGUCGUGCAGGAAUGUCACUCACAGGGCGUGGAUCCGGCGGCGUGGGUCCCAUUUCUGCGUGGGCUCUGCCUCUGUGUUAUUGUAGGUGAUCCAAUACUCUCCGAGGUCGGCUUUGUCAUUGAGGAUCUGCUUCUUCGCGGUGCUCUUCACAAAAGUCUAAGCAUUCCUGGGGAACACAAUGAGCGUGGCAUUUCCAUAGCUGGCAUGCUCUUGGAGGCUGCCGUAGAACUUGGUUCGGUGCGGCUGUCAGAGCUGAGUUUAUGUGUAUACCGACAGUUCCUUGCGGAAACAUCGUAUGCGGUCAGCAAGAGGCUGGCUGUUUGCUUCACACAAAAUGAGAGACGUCAACUCGACUGGGACGUGAGAUGCCUCUCGCGUAAGCAACGCGGUUGCUCACGUGUCGCGCGUUAG